GGGUGGUGUGAGGGAGUGUGUGGCUUUUGCAUUUAAAUUGGUUGCGACUUGCUAAUGAUUCUUACAAGGAUAGUAAUGCACCUGUGCUUUUCUUAUGAGUGAUGUGAUACUGAAAAGAGCUGAUAUGCCACCGUGCAGUGCGUCGUGUGUCGCCAGAAGAAGAAUUAAAAGUUUAUGAUAUUUAACCUCGACUUCAUUGAAGCACAAAGUUCCACCCCAAAGGAAGUCGCCUGUCAUUUUUUUUCUUCUCUCUCUCUCUUUCCCUGUUCUGGUCAAGACAAAAAAAAAUUAUAAUAAGAAAAAGGGGAAAGACCAUAUCCUCCGCACAGUAGGAGCCCUUAACAAAGUUCUCUGCAACCAGCCAGAUGCGAGCGUAAUUAAUCAUUCAGCCUUUGAAUUAUGAGAAGAUCGAAGAUGUUACCCCCAGCCGUCAGAUGGCUCUGCCUGCUCCUGUUAGCAUUUCAAGGAACGACAGGACAGUUGAGUAUAGGAGAACCGAACUCCUUUCUAUUAGAAGAUCUAGAACCAGUCGAGGUUACCACUCCGCCAUCAGACGCUGUUGUUGGCGAAGAACCGCAGGUAGCGUCAGUGACGGAGUCUCCCCCAGAUGACACCACUGUCGCAGAAGAUAACGAAGACGCCAUAAAUCCAGAGACAAUCGGUGCUUUAGAAGAUGAAGCAAUAAUUUUAGAAGCUAGCGCCUCAGGUUUUGGACACAAGAUGGAGAGUGAUGUUGUCAGCGAAACGCCUCUUCUGUCUUCCGCACCAGAGCUUACUAAGCGCAUAUUAGUCUCAGGAACUCCUCCUGCCACACCCGUACCUGAAACCACAGCAGCAGCUUUCAGUCGUCACUCCUCCCUCGUCCGUUUCCUCUCUGAUCCAAACACUGGAUGGUUACCAAAUUGGCCGUCGCAUCUCUUACCUAGCAGCAAUGAUGUCCCCAAUCCGACAAUUAUAUUUCCCACAGAACCUGAAGAAGUGCCUGCAGCAACACCUGUGCCUUCAAUUGAACCUUCAUUAACUGUAAGCAAGGUGCCUGUCACACAGUACUAUUUUGACAUAAGUUCGGCAGCUCCUUCUCCUCCUCCUGGACCACUCUUUGACCCUGAAGACUUCAAUCUGUCAGGGUCACUAGAUCAAGGAAAUGUGCAUGGUCCCAUUGUCCCUGCUGAUGAGCUGGUUUCUAGCAUACCAGAGCUGCAAUCAAGCGCCGUGGUACACACAGCAGAACCAGUUUCAGUCACGCCAACACUACCAGAUCAUCAAACUUUACCUGUAACUGAGUCACCUGCUGCAGUUCCUGAAAUUUCAACAAAUGAAACGAAGAUCUCAGGAGCACCCACUCAGAUUCUGCCUUCAGUUGAAACAGAAAUUGUUGACAAUGAUUUAGCUAGUGAAACCUACAACAACAAUGUUACUACACUUGUAUCUGACAUUCCCAAUGGCCUUAAUCCGACUGGUGGACUUCAGCCUUCGCAGAGCCUUCCAGACCCUCUACAUGGGAAAGAAGACGCUGAAACGGCAACGCCAUCUUUGAUAGACUUCACAUCAGCUUUAACUUCAACUGAUCCAAUAGCAGUUUUAGCUGAGGAUCAAUCAGCCACAGAGGAGAAAGUUGAGGUUUCAACAGUUUUUCCAAAUCCUGAAGUACCCUUGGAGGAGGAAGAGGCUGGAGGAGGAGUAGAGGGCACCGUCCCUAAGGAGCCCCCUGCGAAGGAGCCUGCAGAAGGCACUGAAGAAACGGCAGCCGGAACAGCCGUCCCAGAGGAGCUUCUCCCUACCACAGAAAAAGACGCGACGACAAAAGCGACAACGGAAUUUUCCCCACCCACCUACCCACCUGUAACCACACCUCCCAGUACAUUAACUGUAACAGUCCUGUAUCCAGACUCCAGACCGUCUCUCACCACGUCGGUGAAAUUCCCGAAUGGAACAGUGCACGAACACCCGUUACCGUACGUGAAGGCGCUGGUGGCCUACAGCCAGGAUGAUUUCUGCCUUCACGAAAACAACUUCAAAACGAUGUUUGCUGAGUGGAUUAGCCAACACUUGCAGCAGGAUUGGCCAGUUUCCCCAUCGGAAAUCGAGUUCUUCAACAUGCCUGACUGCGGCCCGAAGAAGCCCCCUGGUGACGAGCACAUAAACCAGGUCCACGGGGCCGUCCCAGACUCCGAGAUGGAUCUGGGAGGGAAGGUGAACUCGUCCCUCGGUAAACAGGACGAAGUGACCAGCGUGUACUUCUAUGUCACCAGAUCGGGGGAGAUUAAUCCUAACCUGACCGAGAUGUUUCCCCUCUUCCCCAAGGAUCUGGAAAUCAGCGAGGAGCUCACUUAUUUGAGGGCGAAGGUAUCUCAGCUGGAGUUGGUCCGCCCUGGAGACUUGAGCGACGCCACAGUUCUGACAGAAGAAGCAGCUAUCGGCACGUCGGCAAUCGUCAGCAUCGUUAUCGCGACGAUAGUGAUGCUCUCCAUCAUCACGGCCAUCAUUUUCUUCAUGAUAGUGAAAAAACGAGGCAGCACAAACAACUACUACGGGCGGCGUUGCACGCCCGUCAGCAUGGAUGCUUACAGCAUGGACAGCGUGUCCGUCUACCACUCCUUCAGGAGGAAGAGCAAAAGGAGAGCUUCUGGCAGAUCGGUGAAAUCCUACUUGAAUCAAGCCUUCGAUGAUCCUAACGGGCCAUCACGUCCUCUCAACUUUGCCAAACUCACUCACUUCAUUUCUGACAUUGACGGAGUGCACGAAGAAUUUUCAACAAUACCAGUAAACAUGCCAAAGUAUGACGAGUUGCCUGCAGGCGUUGAAGACAAAAACAGGUAUGCCAAUGUGAUACCCGUGCCAGAGACGAGGGUCCUUUUGAAGUGUUUAAGGGACUCGCCAAACUCUGAGUACAUCAAUGCAAAUUAUGUCAGAGGUCCAAGAAACGAGUCUAAAUAUUACAUUGCAACACAAGCUCCUCUAGACGACACAGUUGCAGAUUUCUGGAGGAUGAUUUGGGAGCAGGAGACGCGAGUCGUGGUGAUGUUGACAGAUUUCGUCGAGAAAGGCAUAGACAAGUGCGCAGACUACCUGCCGCCUUCAGAAACGUUAGACUGCCACAGAUUAUAUGGCGAUUUCCAGGUAACGCUGAAAUCGCGAGACAUGCGAGAGAAAUAUGUCGUUUCAAACGUGCAGCUGAAGAACUUGGAAAACAACCUGGUGAGGGAGAUAGCUCACAUGUGGUUCACGGGCUGGCCCGCCUCAGGGGUCCCCAACGAAGAGUCUGCAUUUAUCUCCUACAUCUUAGACAUAAGAAGAACGCGCAAGAAACUCAGAGCAAAGGGACCCAUUGUUGUCCACUGCAGUCCUGGAACGGGCAGAUCUGGAACAUUCUUAGCGUGUGACCUGGUGAUGAGACAGUUUGAGGACCAGAGAGCUGUAGAUAUUCCCCGCACAGUUUAUUCCAUAAGGAGAGACAGAGCAGGAGCAGUUCAAACAAAGGAACAGUACGCCUUUAUAUACAGAGUGAUCAACCUCUACGCAUCGAAGCUAACCACAGGAAACUUGGAUUCCCUCUAGUGCACACAUUAAUGCACACUGUCUAUAUUAAACAUAUUUAUCAUCCCCCCUCCCCUCCAAAUAAUUCCUUGCUUCUGCACUUUUAAAUCACAUGAGACACUGAAAGGCACAUGACACUUAUUUUAGCUACCGUAUGUACAGAUUAUCAUAAAAGCUAUAAUGAGGUGUUCAUUUCAUUGUGUACACAGAAGUGUAUUCUUAUAUUUGACUCAUUUUAUUGAGCUAUAAUGCAUUAUAUGUUAUUUUUAAACUAUAUAAAUGUAUAUAUUACUAUUAA